AUGCAAACAAAUACCUUGCUUCAGUUGGCUUUAUGCCUUCUCACACUCAACAUCAAUCCUGUGUUGGCAUUCUGGCGUCUACCAUGUCAGAAUCCAAUUGUAGUCCAGAGAUCUGAUCCAGUUGUCUCUCCAGGAAGUGUCUCUGGUCAUGUUCAUACCAUCAUGGGUGGUAAUGGCUUUGGUUUCUCUAUGAAUUAUGCUUCUACCCAAGCAUCAGCUUGCACUUCCUGUACUGUCACGAAGGAUCUUUCCAAUUACUGGACUCCAACUUUGUAUUACAGAGCUCAAAAUGGCAGUUUCAUCUCUGUCGGCCAAAAUGGUGGUGUUACAGUUUACUACUUACAGCGAAGCGAUCCAUUAGAUCCCGAGUAUUCCAAAGGCUUAUUGGCCUUCCCUGAAGGCUUCCGUAUGGUUGCAGGAAAUCCAUUCCUUCGAUCGUACAAUGCAAGCUCUCUAGAGCAACAGGCCGUCACAUAUGUCUGUCUCGGUACUGAUAAGCCUCAGACAAACGGAUUCCCAAAUUACCCAUGUCCAUACGGACUACGAACACAAGUCUUUUUCCCAUCAUGCUGGGAUGGGAAGAAUUUGGAUUCUCCGGAUCAUAAAUCUCAUAUGGCCUAUCCUAGUCUUUCAGAUAGUGGACAUUGUCCUUCCACUCAUCCAAAACGUUUAGUCUCUAUUUUCUACGAGAUUCUCUGGAAUACUCCUGAUUUUUCUGAUAAAUGGUAUGUCAAUUCGCAACCAUUCGUCUGGUCUAUGGGAGACCCAACUGGCUAUGGCUUUCACGGUGACUUUAUCAAUGGUUGGGAUGUACCAACUUUACAAAGAGCCGUCAAUGAAUGCACCGAUGAAAGUGGAGUCAUAGAAAAAUGCCCCGUCUUCAAACUCACUACCAACGAGGUAGCAAACGGUUGUCGAGUUCCUCCAUCAGUUCACGAGCAAAUUUCGGGUGUUUUGCCAAAGCUUCCCGGUUGCAAUGAAGUCCAAAGCGGUCCUAGAAAUGCCAGUCCACAAAGUGGAUGUGGUGCUACUACCACGAUUGGUACACCAAUGUGGCCUUAUACUGAUGUUACGAAAUCAAAGAGUUUCGCAUAUAUGGGAUGUGGUUUUGAUACACCAGGUCAACCUCGAACUCUACAAGGGGAUUCGCUUCAAGAUAAUACAGGCAUGACGAUUGAGAAGUGUAUUGAUUACUGCAACAGCAAAGGCUUUAGCAUCGCCGGUUUGGAAUAUUCUACCCAAUGCUUCUGCGAUAAUAAGAUGCUUGCGGGUAGAGAUCCAGUGCAAGGUCUUAUAGGAGGCUGUACGAUGCCUUGCUCUGGCAAUGAUAAACAAAUUUGCGGAGAUGCUGGUUUACUUUCACUUUACAAGAAGUGUCCAAAUUCCAAGAAUUGCGCCAAUAUCCAGUACCCAUUCAACAUUGGACCCAAGAAGCGCAAGUCUGAAGAAAGACGCGAGAGACGUCAAAAACGCGAUAGCGACCUCAACCAAAGCAUCUAG